CACAUACACGCACAUACACACGCGAGCGCACACGCCGGGAACAGGCGCGCGACUGUAUUACUAUAACGCUCCCCGAGGAGGUCUGCUUUAUUCGACUAUAAAUGGUGCUGAGUAGCUACGAGCCAGGAACUCUGUGCUGGGCAAAACUGAAAGGCUACCCUUGGUGGCCCUCACGGGUAAAGCGGGAGGCCGAUCUGUCCGACGAGGUGAUCGACAGCAAACCACGGAGCGGGCGCUUCUACCCGGUCCUCUUUUACGGCUCCUUGGACUACGCCUGGAUUACCCCAGAGAACCUAGAACCCUACGACCAGAACCUGGCAAAGUAUGGCAGCAAGGCGAAGAACCGGAAAGACCCCUCGUUUGCCGAUGCGCUGAAGCAGGCGCAGGACCCGUCGCUCGCAGAGGAAAUCAUGCGGCGCAGCGCGGCCAUCAACGCCACUGAUAGCGACGAGGACGAAGACGAAGACGCGGAGAUGGCCUCGGCCGACGAGACCGAGUUGCGGCGGUCCGCGAAGCGCAAGCAAUCCACCACCAGCCGAGCCCGGCGAAACUCGACGUCGAAGCGGGCAGCGUCAGGGACCAAGCGGUCCAGCGCAGCCACCAGCGCCGCUGCUGGUGGCAAUAUGGAGGCCGUGUCUGACGCCGAAGACGACGCUGCCGCAGCCAUGUCAACACCAAAGCGGCCGCGCACGUCAUCACGGGCCACGUCAAAGAUUGGAAGCGAGUCGCCCAUGGACACCAGCAACGGCAACGGCAGCAGCGACCACGACGACACAAAGCACUCGCCGAGCUCGCGCCAGACGCCCGAGCCCCAUGGCGGCUCCCGGAAUCGGUCGGGCAGCCACUCGGCGUCGAAGGAAGAUGGCAGAUCGGACCGGAGCGGUAAGGGCCAUCCGCGGGCAAAGGAGCGUGGCAAGGCGUACCACCUGCUGAUGCAGCUGCGACACCGGCUGCAAAAGACAAUCAUCAAGGGGUCGGUCCCGGACGAUCUGUCGCAGGUGAACGAGGUGUUUAAGAAGCUAGAGGACUUUGACAUGACGCUGGAGCUGAUCCAGGAGACGAAGAUGGGCAAGGUGAUGCGCAUUAUCGGCGGGUCCGACCGGCUGCCCGACGCGCCAGAGGACAAGUACGAUUUCAAGGGCCGCGCGCGGCGGCUAGCAGAGAAGUGGCGGCAGCUGAUAGUCAAGCGGCGCGAGGGCUCGCUGGAGCCGAGCGCUCCAGAGUCGCCAUCGCCUGUGAGGAAAACAUCGGCGCCAGUGUCGGAGCUGGGCGGGGCAGGAGAAGAGCCCAGAAAGACGGCGGAGAAGACUUCAAACUUGGAGGCAGCUGCGGCGCCCGAGGCUCGUGACCCCAAGGCAGAUGAUGCUGAGCCAUCUGCCAGCGCAGUGGCAGCCACCAAUGGCUCAUCAUAAGAGCUGCAUGCGCAGCAUUCCUCCACCCGCCCUCACAGUGAAAUAGAACUUUUUUGGUGCCUCCCUCUAUCUUUGACAGAAAAAUAGUUGUUUUUGAAGCUAGGAGGUGAAAGUCCCGCGCUCACGAUGCAGACUCGCCUCUACACGAGUCCACCGCUGCUU